AUGAACUCUUUGGGGAAGAUCCGUGGGGAGAAGUUUUUGUACCAGUUGAAAAAGAACAAGAACGAGAACGAGAAUGAGAAUGAGAACGAGAUCGAGAUCGAGACCGAGAACGAGAAUGAGAACAAGAAGAAGAACAAGAAGAGGAACAGGAACAGAAACAGGAAUCAGAACGAAAACGAGAACGAGAAUGACAACAAGAACAAGAACAAAAACAAGAGCAAUAAUACACGCACAAGCACAACGAAACACAAACAGAAACAUCGCAAUGAAGAAGAAGAAGAAGAAGAAGAAGAAGAAGAAGAAGAAGGAAGAGAAGGAGAAGAAGAAUUACACUUGAAGUUCCAUUAG